ACGUGUGCGCACUUCGUACCUCUCAAACAGGUUCCGCUUGUAUUUGUCAUGAUCCUCUGAGGCAGAGAGAGCGCGCGCCUAUUCGAAGCCUGAGGAGCGAGAAGCACGGCAUGCGUGAGUCCCCAAUGUGCUGUCCUCAUCUUUUGCCAAGGCUCUUCUUGCCGUCAAAAUGAGUCUCUCUGGGCCAUCAGGCAUCCAUGGCGAUAAACCCAGCAGGAAUCAGGAGAGAUCUGGUUCCCCCGUGCACAGCUGUGUCUCUGAUAGUAGUGAUCGGUCCAUGGAUAAACCCGUCAACUUUAAGGAGCAUGUUGUGGUACCUCAAGAUGAUUUGAGCCUGGCUAAACUCACAGCACUGCAGAGGAAUCAGGAGAGAUCUUGUUCCCCUGUGCACAGCUGUGACUCUGAUAGUAGUGAUCGCUCCAUGGAUAAACCAGUCAACUUUAAGGAGCAUGUUGUGGUACCUCAAGAUGAUUUGGGCCUGGCUAAACUCACAGCACCGCAGAGGAAUCAGGAGAGAUCUGGUUCCCCCGUGCACAGCUGUGACUCUGAUAGUAGUGAUCGCUCCAUGGAUAAACCAGUCAACUUUAAGGAGCAUGUUGUGGUACCUCAAGAUGAUUUGGGCCUGGCUAAACUCACAGCACCGCAGAGUUGUCCAAAGGCUUCCAAGCUGUUAGAGUUUAGUGAGCAUCUAAAGUCCUCCCUGAGGAAGAAGUUUGAGUGUGUGUACGAGGGAAACAUUGUUGAGGGAAAGCCCACACUGUUCAGCGACAUCUACACAGAGCUCUACAUUGCACAGGACACCACCAGCGACAUCGUGAACACACACCAUGAGAUCAGGCACAUCGAGAUGGCAUCAAAGAGGCCUGCGGAUGCAGAUAGACUGGUGCACUGCAAUGACAUCUUUAAGCUGGAAGCCGACAAGCCUGUCAGAACGGUGCUGACAAGAGGAGUCGCCGGCAUCGGCAAAACCAUCACUGUGCAGAAGUUCAUCCUGGACUGGGCUGAGGGAAAGGUGAAUCAAGACAUCCACAUGAUACUCCCACUGUCCUUCAGAGAGCUUAACCUGCUGAUGGAUACAACACACAGCUUGCUCAGCCUCCUCCAGCACUUCAUCCCACUGACAGAAGUACUUAUUUCAGAGCUGCAAGAGUUCCUUCAAACCAACCCAUGCAAAAUCGUCUUCAUUUUUGAUGGCUUUGAUGAGUGUCGUCUUCCACUGAGCUUCAACACAAAAACUGCAGUGCAUGAUGUCACUGUAAGAUGUCCAGUGGAUGUCCUUCUGACCAGCCUCCUGAUGGGCACUUUGCUGCCAUCUGCUAGCGUCUGGGUGACCUCUCGCCCGAGCGCUGCCCACCAGAUCCCCUCGGACUAUGUGGACCUGCUUACAGAGAUCCACGGGUUCAGCAACAGCCAGAAGGAGCUUUAUUUCCAGAAGAAAGUUCCGGAGUCUGACCUGUGUGAGAAGAUUGUGAGGCACGUGAAGUCCUCGCGGAGCCUCCACAUCAUGUGUCACAUUCCAGUGUUUUGCUGGAUCGCUGCCAUUGUAUUACGCCAGAUACUCUCUUGUGCGGCGGAAGGAGAUAUUCCCAAGUCACUCACUGAGAUGUACACACACUUCCUCAUCACUAUCACACGGACCAAACGUGAGAAGUACGCAGAGGGACCAGGCUGUAAUGACUGUGACGGGACAAUUAUUGUCAAACUAGCCAAACUGGCUUUUCAACAGCUCGACAAGGGCAACCUCAUCUUCUACGAGAAGGACCUGGCGCAAUGCGACAUUAGUCCAGAGGAGGCGCUGGCGUACUCGGGAGUGUGCACGCAGAUCUUCAGAGAGGAGCCCGGACUGAACCAUGGGAGGCUCUACAGCUUCGUGCACCUGAGCAUACAGGAGUUCCUCGCUGCGUUGUUCCUGCAAGUCUCCUUCAUGCAGCAAGACUCCAAGAAAGACAUCGCCACUCAUCCGUGUGCCAGGUACCUUUGCAACGCCCAGAGUCUGGCUGACAUCCACAGGCGUGCGGUGGACGAGGCGCUGCAGAGCAAGAGCGGACACCUGGACCUGUUCCUGCGCUUCCUUCUGGGCCUCUCCCUGGACUCUGCACAGGUACUCCUGCAAUGCCUGCUUCCCCAGGUGGUGACCCUGAGCAGUUGCAGCAGGCGAGACGAGACGUCGGAGUACAUCAAGCAGAAGAUCAGGCAGAGCCCCAGCACGGACAAGGCCAUCAACCUCUUCCACUGUCUCAGCGAGCUUAAAGAGCUCUCCCUGAUGCGAGAGAUACACACCUACCUGGGCUCGGGCUGUGUUACUAGGGUGCGUCUGUCACCAGCGCAAUUGUCUGCACUGGCCUUUGUGCUGCUGACCUCAGAGAAGGACGAGGAGGUUGAGGUGUUGGAUUUGAAGAAGUACUGCAGGUCUGACCAGGCUUUGCUCUACCUGCUGCCUUGUGUGAAGGCGUGCAGGGAGGCCAGGCUAGAUAAAUGCAAUCUGACUGAGCGGAGCUGCACCGUGCUGGCCUCAGUGCUGUGUUCACCAUCCUCUUGCCUCAGGAUCCUGGACCUGAGUGCCAACAAACUGUAUGAUUCAGGAGUGGAGCAGCUCUGUGCCGGCCUUAAGGAGCCUCGUUGUAUGCUGCGCACAUUAAGGUUGGCAGACUGUGAGUUGAGGGAGAAUGCAUUUGGGUCAGUGGCCUCUGCCCUGAAGGCCAACCCAUGUCACCUGAGGAGACUGGACCUGGGCAGGAGCAUCCCUGGGGAUGAGGGAGUUCAGCUGCUCUGCUCUGCCUUAGAGGAGCCCGAGUGUACUCUGGAAGUACUAAAACUGUCCAGGUGUGCGAUCACAGAAGAGAGCUGUGAGUAUUUGGCAUCUGUUCUGAAAUCCGCCUCCUCCCAGCUGAGGGAGCUUGACCUGAGUGAGAACGAGCCCUCACAGAAGGGGAUAGAGAUGAUCUGUGAUGCACUGCCACACAGCAAAGUCCAGUCAUUAAAGCUGAGUAAAUGUGAUUUGCCAGAAGGAAGCUGUGAUGCAUUGGCUGGGGUCUUGCGCUCAGAGACGAGUAGUCUCUCAACACUGAACCUCAACUUCAACCCUUUAGAGGAUUCAGGCUUAAACACAAUCUGCUCUUCACUUCAGUCUCCACAAUGCAAACUGCGUGUGCUGAGCCUCUCACAUUGUGACAUCACCGCGGAGGGUAUCUCGGCCCUGGCCGCUGCGCUGAGGUCAAACCCAGCCCACCUGAGAGAGCUCGACCUCAGCGGUAAUAACCUUGGAGACGAGGGUGUCCAAGUCCUCUGCACUUCCCUGCAGGAAGAGGACAGCAAGAUGGUCAAACUCAACUUGUGCCAAUGUGAUCUGACAGCGUGGAGCUGCUCAUAUGUGGAGGUGGUAUUCAGUGUGGACUCCUCCUGUCUGAAAGAGCUGGACAUGAGUCGUAACCGGCUUGGUGACUCAGGAGCCAAGACUCUCGCUGCUGCUCUGGCCAGUCCCCACUGCACUCUGGAAAGGUUAAGACUGUCUGACUGUGAGAUUGGAGAGGAGGGUGGUGUAGCACUGGCCCUGGCUCUGGGGUCUUCCAGCACACGCCUGAAGCACCUGGACCUGAGUAAAAACCGCGAGCUGGGAAACGAUGUCUUACAGGCUCUCUGUCCUGUCCUGACAGAACCAAACUGCAAACUGCAGACCCUGAUGCUUUCCGAAUGUGGCAUUACAGGAAAGGCAUGUGCACAAUUGGCAGAAGUGUGGCAGUCUGGAAAGUGCCCCCUGAAGAUGUUGGACCUGACAGGGAAUAAACUGGGGCACGAGGAAUCCUGUCUCCUCACAAACUCUGGCUCAACACUCCACACGCCACACAUCAAGUUGUCUGAGAAAAAAACCCGGUUUAAGCACCUGGAGAGGCUGUCAGUAGCUCUGGGUGAGGGGCAGCUGAGGGAGCUGGAUCUGAGUCACUGCGAGCUGGACGAUGAAGGCCUCCAACUAAUCACUAACGCUAUGGGGAAGCCCCAAUGCCAGCUGCAGUUCCUGAGGUUGUACAAUAAUAACAUCAGAAGUGAGGGCUGUGCUGCUCUGGCCAGUGCCCUGGGAGAGAACCCUGGUCCCCUGAGGGAGUUGGAUCUGAGUGGGAAUGGUCCACUAGACGAAGGGCUGCUAACACUCACCUCAGCCAUCAUUGACCAGAACUGCCACAUACACACCCUCAAGUUGAGUGAGUGUAACCUGACGGAGAGCUGCUGUGUGGCCCUGGCACGUGUACUGACGAGCCCCCACCUGAAGGAGCUGGACCUCAGCUGCAAUGACCUGCGUGACUCUGGAUUGAAGAGCCUGUGUAUGGAGCUGCAACUUCCCACCUGCAUGUUGGAGGUCUUGAGCUUGGCUGAGUGUAAGAUCACAGAGGUGGGCUGCUGUUUCCUGGCCGCUGCCCUGAGCUCCAACCCUGGUCAUCUACGGCAGCUGGACCUCACUCGCAAUGCUCCCGGCAAGCAGGGGAGGGCGCUGCUGCAGGCUCUGCAAAAGGAUCCACUCUGUGCAGUAGACAUACUGAGCUUGUAGGAGAUGGAGACGAGAAGGGAAAAUGAGGAUUCUGGACCAAGAAAAACAUAGAGCUGUCGCACGAAACACGCCUCAUUUCACAUUCUUAACAUUUAAUCUGUUGCUCCUAGACUGUCCAAUUUUCUGAAAUGUCCUACUCUGUCUUUAUUUAAAAUGUUACAAAUUCUGUGGAUUGCAUCUUUAUCUGUCCGUUCAUGCAUGGUCCUCCUGACAGACUGUGUAUUUUUGUUACCUGUACUUGUGGAUCUACUGCAAUGUUGAUAAAUAUUCCACUAUUAGAAUACAAAUUAUCUAUAUGUAUAUAUA